AUGGCCGACUCGUCUGGCGACCAGGUCGCCUCCUCCUCCUCAGUGCUCAAGCUCGGACAGCUAAUCCCCCGCCACGCUCUUUUCCAAGUUCGCAUCAUCAUCCACCAGUUAGCCAGUGUUCCUCUAGUCAGCGGGGAAUUUGGCGUUCGGUGGAGAUUCAAGAACAUCCGAAAACUGAAGGGCCAUGAAACUGUAGGGCUGGAGCAGGAAGUCCAUGGUGACGAGGAGAGUUUCGGGAGUGGAGACUCAGCGGGACCUUCUACGGAGGACGCCAAAUAUACUUCAGAAUCUUACGAAACUCAAACUAGCACACGAGGACAGACGCCCUGGCUGGCGCUGCGCGACCACUCUGUGACCUGGGAGCAAUCGCUGUCGACUGUCGUGCAGAUGUCGAUCGACCGGGAAAGACACCAGCUGCUCCCUCAUCCGUUCAAACUUGCUGUGUUACAACGUGUCAUCGUCGGCGACCCGGACGCGCCUAAGAAUCCGUGCCUCGGCGUCCUCGAGCUCAAUCUUGCGGAGUACUCUGACAGUAAUCUUGCAUCACCGGGAGAGAUGAAGGGGACAGUGACGCGCCGGUAUCUUCUCCGGGAGAGCAAAACCAACGCGACGCUUAGAUUAUCUGUCCAUGUCGAGCCCGUAGGCUCUCCACCAUUCUUCACCGCGCCGCCUCUACCACGAGGCGAGAUCCUUGCCGGCUUAUCAUCUUUACUAUCCACCCAGGAUGAUGUUUUCAGGACACGUCCAAGAGCUUUGAAUCUGUACGCUCCGAUCCAUCACACCUCUCAAACGAUUAGGCCGACGUUCGACAUUCGCGCCCUUCCGGACGCCAGAAGUCCACUCUCGACAGCGGCUCUCAUCGAAGCCCUUUUCAAUCCGGUGCCAGUGCGAGAUGAACAUCUGGUCACUCCUUUCACGCGAUUGGUACCUGAGGGCACCACUCCGUCUUACUCGACGACACUCUCGUUUCUCAGUAUCGACCCUACUCAACGGAGUUCAAUCUCUCCGAGCCAUAGUAUACCAAAUCCUGUGGCGGAUGAAAGUUCGAACAAAUGGUGGAAACGGUCUCGGAGUCGCGCACGAAGCAAAAGCCGAACUCGGACGGUCCAAGCGCAGGCUUGA